CAACAACCGCAAGGUGCGGUAGUGGUAUCUAGUUGCACUUGCUUCCUUGCUUCAGGGAGGGCGACAGUGACAGCAGCUCUCGCAGAGGUGCCGUAAUUACCGUGUAACCAUGACCGACACGACAGCGGACGCAACUCGGCGCCUCAACGUGAAAAAACAGACACUGGACGAUGCAUACGCCGCCCCAGCAAACUUCCUGGAAAUCGACGUGAUAAAUCCGCUAACGCACGGGGUCGGCAAGAAGCGCUACUCCGACUACGAAGUCAGGAUGCGGACUAAUUUGCCUGUAUUCAAAGUAAAGGAAUCCAGUGUAAGGAGAAGGUACAGUGACUUUGAGUGGUUGAGAACGGAACUUGAGAGAGAUAGCAAGAUUGUUGUCCCUCCUCUACCUGGUAAAGCGUGGAAGAGACAGAUGCCAUUCCGGGGUGAUGAUGGUCUCUUUGAGGAAGACUUUAUUGAAGACCGAAGGAAAGGUCUUGAACAAUUUGUGAACAAGAUUGCUGGUCACCCCCUUGCGCAAAAUGAGCGAUGUCUUCAUAUGUUCCUUCAAGAACCUGUAAUUGACAAAAACUAUGUUCCAGGAAAGAUACGCAAUACUUAAGUUUGCAUAUUUCAGCUUACUGUUGUACUGCGUUAAAUACAGCCACAUAUAAUUAAAAUGAUCCGUACUGAUUUAGAGUGCAAUGGGAUGUAUGUUGCAUUUGUUACCUUGGUAUGAUUCUUUUAUCUAGAGAUAUGCAGUCACAUUCAUGCCUUUUAUUUGCCUUGUCUGAAAGUUUAUGAGUUGUUGAUGAAGAUCAAAUGUUGCCGGCUAACAUUUGAUUAAUUUGUUUGCCAGAAGUCCAUGUAAUGGACAAUGUGUGUUAAAAAUAAAUAUCUUCUUAAUUUGAAAUUUCAAAUUUUGCUUCAAAGAUUGCAUUAUUGUUACUUUGAUAAGGUAUGAGAACAUCUGUCUGGUAGCUUGUAUCCAUGGCUCAAUGUAGGUUUAUUUUAGCUAUCUUGGUAACAAGGAGUGGACUGCAGUGGGAUCAUUUUUAUAGAGUUUGGUAGCUUUGACUUCUACUUUACAUUUGAGUUGAGUUACUCUCUUUGCUGAAAGUUAAAGAAAGAAUUGUAUGGAUGAUGAAAUACGUAAUUUUAUAUCACAAAUUUUCAAAAUGUUAUUCCUGUGUCACUGUUAACUUCUAGCUUUCCUUUUUUUUCUUUUCUUGAUUUUUCUAAAUAUUCAAUUUACUCUGUGAUUUUUAAUGCUAGAGCAUAAAAUUUAUUAUUAUAAUACAUUUUAGUUUCAAUGAUCUUUAACAUUCUUUUAAGGACUUGUUCUUUCGUCAUUUUUGAUUUUUGCAAAUUUGUACAACUAAUGUGAGGAUUAUAAAACAUUUAACUGAUUUAUCAUUCAGUCAUUGUAGGGUUCUUUUCAUCCUGGGUAUUUCAAAUCUAUGUUUGCCAUAAUUACCAGACAAGUUAUGUCUCCCUACAUUUUUCAUUAACGCAUUAGUCUUCUUUUGCAAAUCUAAUCAAUUGCAAUCAUAAUGAGUUCCUUACACUUGUAGAUCUGUACAUCUUCAGUUAAAUGUUAAUCAUCAAAAAUGCAUUUAUUAUAUGUAGACCUUGUCAUAUACUUGUGUAUAAUGUGUGAUAUUUGUGAAAUAUGUCGUACAUAAUUAUGAAUUUGUGAAUUCAUGGAAGUUUAUACCAACUAUUACAUACUCUAUCUUCCUAUCUACACCUUUUGAUAUCAGAUCAGUAAGGUUUGAUUAGUAUAGUGGGUGUAGAGAAGUCUGUGUUUAUAUGCGCGUAUUUUUGAAAUAUUGCAUCCAAAUUGGCUUACCAUACUUGCCAAAGAGCAGAUAAACUGUUUGAGAAGGUACUCUCGAUUUUAAUUUUGAAUGUAUUGACCACUGGCUUGAAUACAUCUGCAAUGCAAAUUCAGAAUGAUAAACAAUAUUUCAGUGUCUUCAAAAACCCUAAUAAAGGUACCAGUUUAAAAAUGUAAGCUCCUACUUGCGAAACCUGUGUGAUGCGUUCAUCGUACUGAUUUACUCUUAGUUCAUUUUAGAGCUUCUUUCUUUACAAAAAAAAAAAAUUGUUUUUGGUUUUUUCAAGUAUUUUGUUCAUUUCUGAAGGAAGUGUGGAAGCUUAUGUACACUUGUCUGCGGUCUCUGCUAUACAAAAAUGUUGGAGAUCGGUUGUAAUUAGGGGGAGAGAUGCCAUUUUUUUCCUGGCUACUAUGCUAAAUUAAUUUGUUGAUUGUUUUUAUGCAGUACCUUUUGAGAUGGAUGAUAAUGCUUAGUAUAGUAAUGAAAUGUUGAUCAUUCUAUACUCAGAUGAUGAAAUAAGUGAAAUGUAUGUAUAUGUAUAUAUUAAGAUGAAACUUUGAGACAACUGUGUCAGAUUAUUUUGAAAUAUCCAAAAUGUGAAUCAUCGUUGUACUGUCAUUUUUAUGGAAUACACUUUAUAAUUAUA